AUGUCUAACAAGAGAACUAUAGAGGCGUUCUUUGGAUCUGCCCCCAAGCGUACAAAGACCCAACCUGAUAGCAUCGACAUGGACACGGACACAUCCAAUGCGGAUACAUCAAAACAUGCCCAGUACCCGCAUCCCAUUGUCAACCUGCCGCCGUCUAUAUGCAAGGAAAUCUCGUCCCUGCCUGCCAGAGAGGCCAAGGUCAUCAACGACCAGCCAGAUCUCGACCUGCUGUAUUUCGAACCAUAUAUCCCUGAAUACCUGGCGCGCCACCUAUUCGAGUUUCUGCGCGCCGAGCUGCCAUUUUACAGGGUCGAGUAUGGCAUCAAGCGCGGAGGCUUUGAGACGCACAUCCGGACUCCGAGAUGGACAACCGUCUUUGGGCUCGACGAAACGUCAUACUUUGACGAAUCCGGCCGAGUCAUGGACCGGGCCUCGGGCGUUCCGGCGGCGGACAAACGGUAUGACAAGUAUCCCCCACGCCCGCUGCCGCAGUGCCUCGACGUCCUACGCCAGUCCGCCGAAGCGGCCACGGAAUGCCGCUUCAACUUCUGCCUCGUCAACUACUACGCCUCCGGGUCCGACAGCAUAUCCUUCCACAGCGACGACGAGCGUUUCCUCGGCAAAGACCCGGCCAUCGCCUCCUUCUCCCUCGGCGCGCGGCGAGACUUUCUGCUCAAGCAUAAGCCGCCACCAUCUCAGAACGGCGGGCAGAAGAGCGAGGGAGCCGGCGCCGGCUCCAAGCCGCUCAAGUUCCCGCUGGCGAGCGGUGACAUGAUUCUCAUGAGGGGUGCGACGCAGUCCAACUGGCUGCACUCCAUCCCCAAACGCACGGGCAAGAACCAAGAGGACGGAGGACGGAUCAACAUCACAUUUCGGCGAGCCAUGGUCAAGGGUGGGACGGAAAAUUAUUACAACUACAACGUCGGCACCGGGCCCGUCUACCGCUGGGACAAGGUGAACCGCGAAAUGAGAGUGUACAAACAGUAA